CUCCCUCUCUCGUUCAUUCGUCUGAGCGAAUUCACAGCUUUCUUUUGUGGUCGUCUCUCUUUCUCUUUGCACUAAACUUCCCCCCUCUUCCAUUCACAAAGCACCAUCCUUCCAUAUUCGCAAACUAAAGAAAUGAUUUUAUCAUACAAUCCGGUUCAUGUAGAGUACAAUAUAUCUUGUUACGUAUCCAUCCAUACAGAUCAUAAGUCCCAUCUACCCACUUCUUCUUCUUCACGUAUACAGGAAUGCAGAAUUUUGAGAAUGGAUCAAUGACCAUUGUCGUUCGUGGGUAUUUCUCAGUUUUGUGCCUUGUAUAGAGUUGCCUAUUUCAUCCGGUAAGAUAAGUGAGCAUGGCAUUAGGAAAGUAUUCAAGAGUUGAUGGAAAAAAAACAUCGUCAAGUUACUGGUCUACAGCGAUAAUCCUAGUGUUUGUUGCCCUUUGUUUAGUUGGAGUAUGGAUGAUAACAUCAUCAUCUUUAGGUCCUCCCCAAAGUGGUGAUCUUCAGGACAACAGAGAUGAAUUCAAGGAUCAAGUAACUGAUAUGAGGCAGGCCCCUAUUGGCAAUGACUAUGUGCAACAAUUUGAGGAUAACAAUGGUGAUUUGUCUGAGGAUGCAACAAAAAAUGACCAAUCUCAAUCAGGAAACAAUGAUUCUCAGGAUAGAUCCACUCAGAAUCCUGCAGAAGACAACCAAGAAGAAAAAGCAGCAGAGGAGAGUGCAGAGAAUGACUUGCAGUCAGAAAAUACACCCAAGAUAGGGAAUGAAAGUCUAAAAGAAGAUGAGGGUUCCAAACCAGAAAAGGCAAAUGAUGUUCAGCCGAAACAAAACCAAGAUUUCAGUUCAAGUAACUCCAAGACAACUGAAGAGGGUAGUAUUAAAGACAACAAGUCAAAUACAGACGAAAAUAUCAGUGAAGGGAAAGAUCAGAAUAAUGUUGAUGAGAAAACAACAGAGGUGAAGGUAGAUGAAACUAAAGUUCAGUCUCCAGGGGCCCAGCCCGAGCUUUUAAAUGAAACCAAUAUUCAAAAUUCAUUGUUAACCCAGGCAAAAGAGACUAACAAUGAGAAAGAACAAGGCUCAACUGAAUCCAACAACGUAGUACAAAGUAAAUAUAAAUGGAAACGAUGCAAUGUCACUUCUGGCUCAGAUUACAUACCUUGUCUUGAUAACUAUGAAGCAAUUAAGCACCUUAAAACAACAAAGCAUUAUGAGCAUAGGGAAAGACAUUGUCCAGAAGAUCCUCCAACAUGCCUUGUUUCUCUUCCUGAAGGAUACAAGAAAUCCAUUGAUUGGCCUACUAGUAGGGAAAAGAUAUGGUACAAUAAUGUCCCACACACCAAGCUUGCAGAAGUUAAAGGACAUCAAAACUGGGUGAAAAUGAGUGGAGAUUACCUUACCUUUCCUGGUGGUGGAACCCAGUUUAAGAAUGGCGCUCUUCAUUACAUUGAUUUCAUCCAACAGUCUGUACCUGAUAUUGCCUGGGGAAGGCAAUCAAGAGUUGUAUUGGAUGUUGGAUGCGGUGUUGCUAGCUUUGGAGGAUUUCUAUUUGAAAGAGAUGUGAUUACUAUGUCAUUGGCUCCAAAAGAUGAACAUGAAGCUCAAGUUCAGUUUGCACUCGAAAGAGGAAUCCCUGCUCUAUCUGCUGUAAUGGGGACCAAACGACUUCCAUUCCCAGCCAGAGCGUUUGAUGUUGUCCACUGUGCUCGUUGCAGGGUCCCCUGGCAUAUUGAAGGUGGUAAACUCUUGCUUGAGCUUAACCGACUGCUUCGGCCUGGUGGCUACUUUGUGUGGUCCGCUACUCCAGUGUAUGAGAAACUGGAAGAAGAUGUUCAGAUUUGGGAAGCAAUGAAAAAGCUAACAAAUGCAAUGUGCUGGGAACUUGUCUCCAAAACUAAGGAUAGACUCAACGGUGUAGGUAUAGCAAUAUACCAGAAACCUUCAUCAAACGAAUGUUAUGAACAAAGAUCGGAACCUGAACCAGCUCUCUGCUACGACUCCGAUGAUCCAAAUGCAGCCUGGAAUGUUCCUUUUCAACCAUGUAUUAACAAAGUGCCUGUUGAUGCAACGGUACAAGGGUCUCAAUGGCCACAGAGAUGGCCAGCAAGGUUAACCAAGCCUCCUUAUUGGUUAUUGAGUUCUCAAAUUGGAUUUUAUGGAAAACCCGAACCUGAGGAUUUCACUGCUGACUUUGAACACUGGAAGAGCGAUGUGAGCAUGUCAUAUAUUAGUGGUAUGGGGAUUAACUGGUCAUCUGUCAGGAAUGUCAUGGAUAUGAGAGCUGUAUAUGGAGGGUUUGCUGCUGCUCUGAGGGACUUGAACGUGUGGGUCAUGAAUGUAGUCCCUAUCGACUCCCCAGACACACUUCCUAUAAUAUACGAACGAGGUUUAUUUGGAAUAUAUCAUGAUUGGUGUGAGUCAUUUAGUACAUAUCCAAGGUCUUAUGAUCUUCUUCAUGCUGACCAUAUUUUCUCCAGGAUUAAGAAAAAAUGCAACCUCAUGGCAUUGGUUGCUGAGGCGGAUCGCAUUCUUAGACCAUAUGGAAAGUUGAUUGUACGCGAUCAUGAUGAUGUUAUUAGCGAGCUCGAGAGUAUAUUUAAAUCAAUGAGAUGGGAUAUCCGUUUUGCGUUCUCUAAGGAUAAGGAAGGAAUACUCAGUGUUCAGAAAGGCAUGUGGCGACCCACAGAGGUUGAGACGGUUACAUAUGCAAUAAGCAACAAACCCUUGAAUUAAGCAUAAAUUGACUCGCGCAAUGGGAAGGAAUUGGUAAACAAAUUAAUUAUGUUUCAUUUGUUUUGCCCACUUAAAAAGUUCUUCAUCAUCCAAUCUUCAAUGCUGCAAAAUUAGAUUCUUGUCAUUUUUUUAGUUCAUUCAUUCUCUUGGAAGUAAUGUUUAGAUGGUUAAUGUGCAGUAUUUGAUUAUUGUUAAUUGAGAAAUAUAUAAUACCCCCAACUAUAAUCUUUUUAAUGACCACACACAUAUAUGGCAAAAAAUAUGAGACAAUUUUAAUAAAUAAAUUA